CCAUUUCCAAAGCUCACAACUCAUCCCGACGACGACCACCACCACCACCGCCAUGGACCUAGUACUGGACUACGCAGACAAGGCCUUCCUCACAGAGCAUGUGUACCCGUCAUGGAUGGCGGAAGAUGACAUCGGCCGGCAAUGCCUGUCGCUAUUUGCGAUCACGUCGGUCGGCGGGUACGCUUUGUAUCUUAGCUUUGCGCUCGUGAGCUACGUGUUCAUUUUCGACAAGAGCUACGAGAAGCACCCCAAGUUCCUCAAGAACCAAGUGCGUCUCGAGCUGCAAGUCGCGUGCGGGUCCAUCCCGUUCAUGACGCUGCUGACUCUGCCUGUGUUCCUCGCCGAAGUCCGCGGCUACAGCUUCCUCUACGAUGACGUCAGCGACUACGGGUACGCGUACCUGGCGUUCAGCGUGGCCAUGUUUAUGUUCUUCAACGACAUGAUGAUCUACUGGAUCCAUCGCCUGCUCCAUCACCCGCUCGUGUACAAGCAUAUUCACAAGCUGCACCACAAGUGGCUCGUGCCGACGCCAUUUGCCAGUCACGCGUUCCACCCCGUCGACGGAUUCCUUCAGUCGACACCGUAUCACAUGUUUGUGUUCUUGCUCCCGUUGCACAAAGUCGUGUACUUGGGUUUGUUUGUACUCGUGAACUUUUGGACGAUUUCCAUCCACGACGGCAACUUUGUCAUGGACAAAAUGCCAAAAUGGUUCGAGAUGCUCGUAAAUGGCGCCGCACACCACACCGACCAUCACUUGUACUUUGACUUUAACUAUGGCCAGUACUUUACGCUGUGGGACCACGUCGGUGGGUCCUACCGAUCGCCCAGCCCGUUCGACCAGAACGGCCCCCUCGAUGAUGUCAAGCGCUUGCAGCAAGCCCGUUCCAGCUGAUUGUUAUAGUUAAACGUGAAUAUUAUCAAGUAAGGUGGUAGUCCAUUGGCUACCAACUACUUCGUCGACUAUGACUUUUG